AUGCACAUGCUCGGCACUAGUAUCGACACCUGUACAAGUACAUACAGUACACAGCGACGCCUUGGACGCAACAUACGAGUACGGACGGAGACUCGUACGCGCUCGCAAGUAACAUCGGUCGCCGCCACCGCAUUCGCUGAUGUCACCUUGGCCGCCGCGCUUCCCGUCGAGCCGGACCCGACCAUCCGGCCAGUGCGCCGUUGUGGCUCGCCGUACUGUACGAAUGCAAAAUCCCCUGGCGGACGCACGCCUGUUUCACCCGUCAGCCGCCAGCCUGAGCGACAGGCUGCUCGACGCGAUGUGGCUCGAGGCCCCCCCGCCACUGCUACCACGCCGAUCCGGGAGACCUCGGGUGCCAUCCACCCCCCCUCCAGCGCCAUGAACGGCCUGUACAGUACAUUCGACGGAUAUAACAUCACCACCGCCGCCUUCGUCUCUUCCUCCGCCGCCAGCCCACGACCAUUCCAUUCCACCACCGGCCCGUUGCCAGCAUUCGACCUCGUCCUCGUCCUCCAUUUCAUCUCCCUCGAGCCCUCGAGAUUUCCAUCUCCUCGGCAGCUCCCUCUCUCCACCACCACCCACCACCACCCUCUCCACGACCCCUCUCUCCACGACAGCUCUCGCCAUCCCACCCAACGCCCAUCAUCCCACCCAACAGCAUCAUCCCACCCGCGGCCCUCGACGAUGCCCAUCCUCGGCCGCCACAAGGCGAAACCCCGCGACCUGCACAUCCGCAAGGUCUCCCUCUCCGGCUGCUCCCUCUCCUCGGGCAGCUCCCUCUCGUCGACCUUUGACUGCCCGCCCGUGACGCCCUCCACCGGCGGCUUCGCACCCCUCGCCCUGCACCCCCCCUUCCAGCCGCCGCCCCGUCUCAAGGACCGGCCUCUCCUGAGCCUCCGCGUCGACGCCCCGUACGACGCCGAGGCGGCCUUUUUCGACCACGAGCGCCGCGUCUCGGCCUCGACGCACGAGCAGACGGUGCCGGAGCCGGACGAGGAGCACGACUGCAACGCCCAACCUCCGCCGACGUCCCGCUGGUCCGACUCGACCAUCAACUCGGUCGACAUCCCGGACACGCCCGACGACGACGUCGAGCUCGACGAGGGCGAAGCCUUUCGCGUGCGGCCGCAGGGCCACCAGUCGAUGCCCAACUUCAGCUACAAGCGCCUCACGGCGACGACGAAGCGGCCGCCGAUGAAGUCGCUGAGCAGCCUCGACGACAUGAUGAAGCGCUCCGGCUGGAAGAGGCGAGGCGUCAUCUUCAACCCCGACGACAUGAGCAGCGGCGAGAGCGAGGACGGCAGCGAAGCCGGGAGCAUAUAA